GACCCGUUCUGCAUCGGGCGCCCCGGUUCCCGGCCCCGACACGGUGCGCACGACAGUUGCUCGCCGUCAGCUGCAGGGCGCUCUCUUCCGCGACGGUGCGCACCGCCCCUUGGGAGAGCGCACUGUCCCGAGUCGGGACACUGGCCCCUCGAACUGUCGCGGGCGACUCCUCCCACUCCAGCGUGGCGGCUUUUACUUUCGUUUUUAUGAGAGUGGCCUCAGACGCUAGCUGCGGAGGGACAGAGGCGGCCGCAAGCUCUGGCCGCGGAGGAACGAUGGCAGACGAUGAAGGCCAAGGCUCUGCGGGGAAGCAGGGAGCUGGGGAUUCGGGGAGUGAUGACACAGUGGACGCCAGGCCAGACCGGUCCUCGUUUGUCUCAUCACUGCUCAGUAUAAAGAGGAAAAAUGGCUCUAGGAAAUCAGUCAAGACCACCCGGGAUGGAGAGCCUUCCUACGUGUAUAACAUGAAUUUUGAGAAGGUGGGCCAAUGCAUCAUAAUAAACAACAAGAACUUCAACUCAUCGACAGGUAUGAGCGUCCGGAACGGAACAGACAAAGAUGCCGAGGCUCUUUACAAGUGCUUCCGGAACCUGGGCUUUGACGUGGUGGUCUAUAAUGACUGCUCCUGUGCCAGGAUGCAGGAGUUGCUGAAACAAGCUUCUGAGGAGGACCACAGAAAUUCAGCCUGCUUCGCCUGCAUCUUACUCAGCCACGGAGAAGAAAACUUAAUAUACGGGACAGACGGCAUGGUCGCUAUCAAGGACUUGACGGGCCACUUCCGGGGGGAUAGAUGCAAAACCCUCUUAGGGAAACCCAAACUCUUCUUCAUCCAGGCGUGCCGGGGGACAGAGCUUGACGACGGGAUCCAGGCCGACUCGGGGCCCAUCAAUGACACGGAUGCCAGUCCCCGAUGCAAGAUCCCAGUCGAGGCCGAUUUUCUCUUCGCCUAUUCCACAGUUCCAGGCUACUACUCGUGGAGGAACGCGGGCAGCGGCUCCUGGUUCGUGCAGGCCCUCUGCGCCACCCUGAACGAGCACGGGAAAAGCCUGGACAUCCUGAAGAUCCUCACCCGAGUGAACUACAGGGUGGCCCGGAACUUCGAGUCGCAGUCCGACGACCCGCGCUUCCACGAGAAGAAGCAGAUCCCGUGCAUGGUCUCCAUGCUCACCAAGGAACUCUUCUUCUCAAAAUAACCAUUCCCGGGGGAGGGGGGGGGGGGGGUGCAG